CAGCUUACAAAGGCGUAAACAAAGUAGGCCCUGUCCAGAUCAGCUCCAGCGAAAAAAAAAACGUUUACUUAAAAAAAGGGGAAGAAGAAGCUAAAAUCAUUUCAUAAAGAAGAAAUUGUUAGGUUAUUGAAUUGAUCUGUUUAUGUUGUGUUUAUCUCACGAGAUCUCACGGGUUUAUCUGUUUCCAUAGCCAUUUAUCUUAAUUUAGCUCCAUGUCGUCUAUGACAUUUGGUCAAAAACUUUUUAAACCUAUACCUCCUGAGAAAGGUAGUUUUCCUCUAGAUCACGAAGGUUUAUGUAAGAAAUCUAUGAUUAAUUAUAUGCAGUGUUUGAGUAAAUAUAACAAUAAUAAUUCUGAAUGUAGACUGGAAGCAAAAGAGUAUCUAGACUGCCGUAUGAGAAAUAAUCUUAUGGCCUCUGAAGAGUGGUCAAAACUGGGAUUCUCUGAUAAAGAUAAACAACAAUCAGAAGUAACAGAAGUAAAGGAUAAUUAAAAUAAUGGUUAAUAUUUUAAUAGGAUGCACCGGAAGCGUUGCUACCAUUAAGUUACCUAUUUUAGUAAGAACUUUAACACAAAAGCUUUCCGAAAAUAGUAUUAGUGUCAAAAUUCGUAUUAUAGUAACUGAACAGGCAAAACAUUUUUUUAAAGAAACUGAUAUUUCUGAUGAUAUAGAUAUAUUUUCUGAUCAUGAUGAAUGGAGUACUUGGAAAAAUCGUGGUGAUCCUGUAUUACACAUCGAAUUAGGAAAAUGGGCAGAUGUAUUUCUGAUAGCUCCUUUAGAUGCUAAUUCAUUAGGAAAAAUAUCAUCAGGGAUAUGUGAUAAUCUAUUAACUUGUACUGUUCGAGCCUGGGAUAUGUCAAAAUCUUUAUUAUUUUGCCCUGCAAUGAACACUAAAAUGUAUAUUCACCCUUUAACAGCUAAUCAAAUAUCUACUCUAAUCUCGUGGGGUUAUAGAGAAAUUCCUGUCACUGAAAAAGUGCUUAUUUGUGGUGACGCUGGUGCUGGUGCAAUGGCUGAAGUUUCUACAAUUGUUGAUACUGUGGAGAGCUUAAUAUUAGAAAAAGACAUACAUUAAUUGUUAAUUUUUAUUAAUACAUUUUAGGUAGAGCACAUUUUACUAAAUUUAAUGUAUUGUAUAGUGGUCAUAAAAAGUAUAAUUAAAAUACUAAAUAAUAUUAAACAACAUAAUAGUUUUGUAGUUAUAACAUAGGUAUAUAAAAUUUUAAAUAUAUAUAGAUAUAAAGAUUAACAAAUAUUGGAACUAAUAUAACAAUACAACAAGGAUAUUGUACAAUAUUUAUAACAAACCAAAGCGUCUAAAGUGUCUGGUGUUACUUAUAUGUUUUGUAUAUAAAUAUAUAAAUAACAAAAUAUAUAUAAAAUAAUCCUAAUAACCGGGAGGGAUCAUUCUUUUCAAUACAGUAAUCCUCUUUUCAUGCAAAGCUUGUCUUUCAUCAUCAGAAAAAUACAACUCUUCAUCAGUUAAAUCUAUAUCAAUAUA